CACUCGCCGUUGCCAAGAUGAAAGUAUACAUUGACAUUGAUAUCGGCGAUGCCGCUCGCUAUGCGACGGACUUUGCUGCGUACCAACGCGCAUCCGAUUGGCUGUCGGCUGUAGGCGCACAGUACGGGCUAAGCGGCAAGGUCGAGGAGUUGGAUGAGGACGCCGCGAGCACGCUUCUUGAAGCCUACGCAUCGGACCCGACGUGGGCCAAUAAAGGCGAGGCUUCAACGAAAAAGCCGGCGCCUAUACGUGCCGGCCGCAUCGUAAUUGAGCUCUUUGAGAAGGAGGUACCCAAGACGGUAGAGAACUUCAGGUGCUUGCUGACAGGAGAAAAGGGGCUGGGCAAGGCUAGCAAGAAGCCCCUUCACUACAAGGGCUCUAAGUUCCACCGGAUAGUUAAGGGCUUCUGCUGCCAGGGGGGCGACAUCGUGCGAGGCGACGGCUCCGGCGGAGACAGCAUCUACGGCGGCCAGUUCAAUGACGAGAAGCCGGGGCUGAAGUUGAAGCACGAGGGGGCGGGCUGGCUCAGCAUGGCUAACAGCGGCAAGAACACCAACACCAGCCAGUUCUUCUUCACACUCGCAGCUGCGCCCCAGUGCGACGGCAAGCACGUUGUGUUCGGAAAGGUCCUGGAGGGACUCGACAUCCUGGCACGCAUAGAUGCGGAGGCUGCAAGUCCGGACGGCUCACCUCGCGUGGACGUCACAAUCGCAGACUGCGGAGUGCUGCCAUGAUACGACAGCUGGACAGCUGCUGCCGUACAGCAACUGCCUGAUAUUACAUGUAACGGCCUGCUUGUAGUACAACUGUACAAGUCGUACUCGUACGAACGCCGUGCAACGAUGUACCGACGGCUGGCAAGUGACAACGGCAGACGGUGUGUCAGCGGGCCUCCGCUGUCCGUUCCUGCGUUGCUGGUAAUACUGCGGUGGUGGAAAGAAUGUGCCCGUGGGCAGGAAGCGGUGGCAAGCCAAGCACUUGCACCGGUACUUGCAGUGAUAGACCGUUGGGGUCGGUUAGGAGAGUUCGUAGGUCUGUCGGGCCCCAGCGGUACCUGGUAGCAGUGGCGCUGUUCGGGCCCUACGUUCGCAAGGGAAGGCGCCAAGCGGGCGCUGGGGGAAGGGAAUGGGGACGUCAUGGAAGUAGGGAUGGGAUGAAGAUGUGCAUUUGCAGAGGAUCCCAUCGACAUUUGCAUUUGCAGAGGAUCCCAUUCGACACAUCGAGUGCAUGAUCUCAUCGGGCAACGUUGUGACGUGAAGAGUCGGAGUGUUGCACGUUCAAACAGUGGGAAAGGAGAGUGGGAAAGGAGCAACCAGUUCGUAGC